GGAAAAUAACUCACCAGUCAGGAUGUUCAACUUCCAUAAACUGUUCUACUUCAUUACCUUCUCAUUCGUCUAUCUCUAUCAUCAAUCUCAUGCAAUCGAUCAGUUGGUCCUCUCAUCCGAUUCCACUUCGCCACCUUCAACUCCCACCACAUUCCACAGUGGCUAUCGCGGUUGGUCAAGUUGGAGUUUACAAGCUUUCAAAGGUGUUGGUUAUGGAUUCUACUGGUUAGAUGAACAACAUGUCAAAAGUCAAGCAGCAAUAUUGGCAGAUAAAUUUGCGCCUCUAGGAUAUGAUCGUAUCAAUUUGGACUCUGGAUGGCAGGAUCCCGAAUUAGAUGAGUAUGGCCGAAGGCAAAUGGAUCGGCUUCGCUUUCCGAGUGGUGUUGCGGGACUUAGCUCUCAUUUAGCUCGAAAGGGCCUCAAACUAGGACUUUAUUACCUACCCGGCAUCGAAAGUGCGGCCGUUGAAAACCAGAUUAGGAUCCUUGGAAGCGAUUAUACGGCGGAUGAAGUGAUACAUUGUCCAAAGUCACGAAACAGCGGUUCACGAACACCACAUUGUCAUCGACCAUUGGCCAACGCAUUCGGCGUUGGGUAUGCUCUGAAUUAUAGUCAUCCAGGCAGUCAGCUCUAUGUUGAUGGUAUUGUAGAAGAGCUCUACAGAUGGAACGUCAGUUUUGUGAAAAUGGAUGGGAAUGUACCAGGCUCUUCAUUCAGACCUACGUCAAAAGUUGCAUGUGAUACUCGACCUGACCUUCUUGCCUGGCGUCGGGCGAUUGAUCGCGGUUACGAAGAAUGGCGGCAUGUUGGAAGGGAAAGAAUUUGGCUGGCUGCCAGCUGGGAACUCCCUCCACAGGAAGCUGGCCCUGUCUUGGAUGUGACUGCUGACAGCUGGAGAGUUGCGAUUGAUGUGGAAGCCUAUGGACGCAAAAUGACUACGUUUGAUCGAAUUGUUCGCAAUGCUCGAAAGGCAGCUGGUUGGACAUGUGUCGAUGCUCAUCGAAGGUGGCAAGGAUUGAUCGACAUGGAUGCAGUUUUAAUAAGUGACAUGACUCUGGCGGAAUGUCGAAGCGUAGUAACGAUAUGGGCCUUGAUGGGUACCCCAUUCUACUUGGGAGAUGAUCUACGAUACCUUUCAGAUGAGCGUAAAGCGCUCUUGUUGAACUCGGAAGUAUUAGACAUACAACGUCAAACAGGAGAUCAGCCAGCCCGAUUACAUCAUUUCAAUGCGACUCGUUACUUUGAAGAUCAAACCUUUGGUACCUUAGCAACUGACUGUGCAGUAUGGUCACAAAAACAAAAGCUUGUAAGAGUCUCGAUGGGAGAAACUGAAGAGAUUGGACUUGGUCCGAUUUGCUCUGGUGAUGUACUAGCCACGUCUCAGGAGGCAUUAAAGCGAGAACAUGUGCGAAAAUUUAGGCAGGACGAUCAGCAAGUAGAGUGGCAACAGCAAAUUUGGGUCUCUGAGUUAGAUGACGGUCGAAUUUUCUUAGGGAUUGUGAACGCUGGUGAUCAACAGUGGUGGGAUGGACCGAUCGAGAUCGAAGUGAGUUUAGGUAUGGUUCAAGAUGCGAUGAAUCCUAAACGAAGAACGACAAGGGUGAAGGAAUCGAUUUAUCGAGUUCGAGACGUAUGGCGACGAACCAGUAUUGGCUUCAUUACCUUUGACUCUCGAUUCACCCUUCGAUUGGAUAUACACGACUCACUAUUGUAUGCGUUGACUCCGGUGUAGGCUUGAUGCCCAAGUGCCCAAUUGCUACGAUAGUAAAUACCUGCAGCAUUAUGGUCACAAGCGGCCGUAUGACAUGGAUUCAAGCUGGAUUUUUUACAAUUUCAGGAUGGAAACAAUACCGAAGAAUGUUACUUGGUAUUUUAACUUCAUUGAUCUCGCUUCAUUCUACCUUUUAAUUCCUGGUGUACUUCUGUAUAACCAACUCAAAAUAUCUUAAUUACCCUCUCCAUGUAUCUUUUGUUCAUCCUACCAGUCUCGAGUGUUUUUUGCUAUUUUAUCCUAUUGAAAACUCAACAGGAUAUGUUUCUAUAUUCUUUUCAUGUUUUGUUUGUUUGUACUGAUCGAUUGUGUGGUACACAUAUGUCGUAUGCCUGUGCUGUUGCUGUUGUUGUAAAAAGAAUUGUGAUGAAUUGAUUGUUGUUGAUCAUUGAUUGGUAUUAUAAUCAUUCAAUAAUUUAUUGAGAGACUU